GAGCAAGGGAGUACCUUCGAUGUGUACGUCCUCCCCGAAGGUUGUAUUUCGAAGAUUCUAUCCCUCACAUCUCCUCUAGAUGCUUGCAGGUCGUCGGUUGUCUCUUCCAUUUGUCGUUCGGUAGCUGAUUCUGACUAUGUGUGGGAGAGGUUCUUACCCUCCGAUAUCCACCAGAUUCUCUCCUCAUUCGGUUGUCUCUUUUCUGAGAAGGAGCUCUUUCUCUAUCUCUGCGAUAAUCCCCUUCUCAUCGACACAGGCACUAAGACCUUCGCAUUGGAUAAACGCAGUGGGAAGAAGUGUAAUAUGAUUGCAGCAAAAGAGCUUUCCAUUAUCUGGGGUGAUAUACCAGAAUACUGGAAAUGGAGACCCCACCCGAAGUACAGGUUUUCAGAGGUGGCUGAGCUGUUGUUGGUGUAUUGGCUUGAAAUUCGUGGCAAGAUGGAGACACGACUGCUGUCUCCAAACGCAAGGUACGGAGCUUACCUGGUGCUCAAGUUCAGAGACGUGUACCAAAGAUCAUGCACACUUGCAGAAGUCUCAGUCAAAUUGGGUAGUGGUACUGGUGGUGCUGAAGAGGGAGAAGUGAAGUCUGUCUCUUUAUAUCCUGUGAACCUGGAGGAAGCACUGGGGGAUCUAGGACCAGAGGUUGAAUUACCUGAGGAAAGAGAGGAUGGAUGGAUGGAGAUAGAGAUGGGUGAGUUCUUCAAUGAAAGAGGUGAGGAUGGGGAGGUGGAGAUGAGUCUCAUGGUGGUCAAGAUUCUUAACUGGAAGUCUGGUCUCAUCAUCCAAGGCAUUGAGCUCAGGCCCAAAGAGAACCUAUGA